AUGACGCUCGUGGGGAGUGUGGAGGGGGUGUGUGGUGUUUGCUUUAGUACGGUAAAGCGGGGAAACUCCAAGACGACAACAGCCGUCGACGGCGCGGGCGGCCCUGGCUUGUCCAUCACAUGGGAGUUCAAAUACUUCAGCCUCUUUCGAUCCCGCAUCAGGCAUACCUUCCACUUCCUUUGCCCAUCCAUCGUCUCCAUCGUCGAUGAAUCGGUUGCUGGCCGCUGUUGGGCGUUGGCAUUGGCCAUUCAUGCGCGCGUACGCGCUCAGUAUGAUUUCAGACACAGUGGGCCGCCCACGUACGGUCCACUCGAGGCCCUGACCUGUUCCGCUGUCCGGCGCAAAAGAUGCGGCUCAAGUCUCCACACGCCCACAAAAUCCUACCGACGCCAAGCCAUGGUGGCUUCUUUUGGCGCUCCCGACUCCGAGGAAUUCCCUACUCAAAAGAGGAACGCGAUCACAACACAGAUGACAGACGCGUUGCCCACGGAAAUCGACGUAUCUGGUAACCCGCUCAGGGGGCCAACAGUGUUGUUGGCGAGACGAGAUACUUUACAAACUGCGAAUUUUACCAUUGAGGAAUCCGACAACGAUAGGACACUGUACGGUGUGCCUAGAAGUAGUCCGAGGAUACAUCCUCUAGGGUCCUGCCGAUGCGCGUGGAAGAGUUGGCCCAGAUCGGACACCCAGUCCAACUACGCGUCGAAAAUUCCAAGAGUCCAAAAGUCCAACAGUCCAAAAGUCCAAGAGCCCAAGAGUCCAAACCUUUUGGAAGCUCCACGUCUGACAGUCACAGAGGCCGAGAAACUUCCGACACGUGACGUAACCUUCCCACAUGUACCAUCACAAACAUGA